UGUUAAAGGAUUGAGUUUAUAGGUACCGCAAAUAGUAGUUUUACAGUUGUUUCUUUUUAAUCCUAAAUUAACUCUGUCAUUAAAGUUUUCACGUUCGAACCAAUUUUGAUGACACUCGGUAAAGCUAUAAUUGGAACCCUGGGUAAGAACAUAUCGUGGGGUGUGGGGGGGUCUAUUUGACAUAACAUUUCGCUUAAUGCGCGACAUUUAACUUGGUAACUAAAGGUACGUUUUAUUUGGUAUCAGCAUCAACAGUUCGAUGUUUUUAAUUGAUUGUGAUUGAACUUGAAUUAAAUUAACCAUAUGAAACCAUAUCUGAAGAUUUGUAUUUUCAAGCUUUCAAUGGAUGUCCUGUAAAGAUAAAGUUUACGAGACAGCCAUUUCAAUUUAAAAAAUUGGACAAAAUAUUAUGACAAAAAACAUAUUUAGAUAUUUGAAUCGAAUAAGCUUAAUUGAAGAUCAAUUAGAAACAUCGAACUGUUGAUUCUGAUAGCAAAUAAAAGGUACCUUUAAUUACAAAGAUAAAUAAAUAAAUAAAUAUUUACUAACAAUCACACCACGUUAACAGUGGUCCCGUGAUAAGUUCUUAAAGAACUUGUGUUACAGGUACCAGUUAACGGAAAUAAAUGUAAGAUUUUUAUUAUACACAUACAUAUAUUUAAUAUACAUCCAUAACCCUGGAAAAGACAUUUAUAUUUAUCAUACAAAUAUCUUCCCUUGGCGGGAUUCGAACCCGCGAAAUGUCGUGUAUUAAACGAAAUGUCACUUAAACCCAAUAGCCUUUCUCCCCUCGAUAUGAUAACCACUUGCACAGCUGAGCACAACGCGGACAGUGAGGUCUGCGCGGGCGAAGCUACGGGCGGAAUACUAGUUUGUAACAAAUCACUGAAGCAUUUGUUGUUUUGCACGCGAAUCGCGUGCUCUAUGUAACUAAUUUACAUGUAUUUUUCUUUUGCAAAUACUAAAUAGUUAUGUUAGAAAGGACAACGUUUAAACGCUAUGCAGAAGUCUGGCCGACGACAACGCGACUUAAUAACGAUAGAGUUUAAACUGUGUUUAUUACAUUAGAUAUUAUAACAAUUGAAGCGAUUGUAAAUUAAAUACACCUGCGUCGCUUGAUAAUACGGAAACCGAUCCGAGAUCUGUGUCACAAACAAAGCUGAGACUUAGGGGCAAUGAAUUUGUUGUUUGUGUUGUUGUGUCUUUCAACGAUAGCGGUACGAAAUGUCCGCGGCAAGAGCAAGGUGCGUUACUUCCCUGACUAUUUCGAAUUCGGCGCAUCAACGGCUUCUUAUCAGGUAGAAGGAGCGUGGGAUGAGGAUGGAAAGAGUUUGUCGAUAUGGGAUGUAGCAGCUCACAUGUCUCCGUCUCCUAUCAAGGACGGAAGUACCGGCGACGUCGCGGCUGACUCAUACCACUUGUACAAACGGGACGUGGAAAUCAUGAAGGAGCUUGGUCUGAACUUCUAUCGUUUCUCCGUAUCUUGGUCGAGGAUUUUGCCAAGCGGUUUCGCCAAUCAAAUCAACCAGGCCGGCAUAGAUUAUUACAAUAAUCUAAUCAACGAAAUGUUGGCGAACAACAUUAAACCAUUCUUGACGAUUUACCAUUGGGAUUUGCCCCAAAGCUUCCAAGAUUUGGGGGGCUGGGCCAACCCUAUGAUCGUAGAUUGGUUUGUAGACUACGCUAAGGUUUUGUUCGAGAAUUUUGGAGAUAGGGUGAAAUUUUGGAUCUCUAUAAAUGAGCCCAAACAAAUCUGCACCGAAGGUUAUGGCACAGAUAAAAAAGCUCCGAUGGUCAACAUGUCAGGAAUAGCAGAUUAUAUGUGUAACAAGAACGUCUUAUUGGCACACGCUAAGACGUAUAGACUUUAUGAUGAGAUAUACAGGAAGGAUCAGAACGGCAGCGUAGGAAUAUCGAUCAGUUGCACAUGGUAUGAGCCUGCUUCGGACUCAAAUGAUGAUCAACAGGCAGCUGAGGAUGCCAGAAUCUUUGAUUGGGGCCAGUACGUUCAUGCUAUAUUCACAAAAGAAGGAGACUUCCCAGAACGAAUAAAGAAGAACGUAGCAUACAAGAGUGCUGAACAGGGGUACGCCAAAUCUCGACUACCCGAACUAUCAGUUGCCGAAGUGGACCUUAUACGAGGAUCAUCAGACUUUUUCGGGUUGAACAGUUAUACUUCAAAACUGGUUUAUAGAGACGCAUCUGUGGAGGGCAUGUACGCCGUACCUUCAUACAUGGAUGAUUUAGGAGUUGUUAUGGUGCCAGAUCCUAACUGGCCCCAAUCGCAUUCAAGUUGGCUACAGGAAGUACCGUGGGGCUUCUAUAAAUUGUUCAAAGAGAUACGGAAUGUAUACGGCAACCCUACUCUGUACGUAACAGAGAACGGCUGGUCCACUGACGCUGGUCUGAUCGACGAUGAUCGAGUGCGAUAUUAUAGGAACUAUUUGAAUGCGCUCUUGGACGCUAUUGAAGAGGGCAGCGAUAUCAGGGGGUACACGGCCUGGUCUAUGAUCGACAACUUUGAAUGGAUGCAGGGUUACGCCGACAAAUUCGGCCUCUACGAAGUUGACUUCACAAGCCCGGAACGUACGCGUACUCCAAGAAAAUCCGCGUACAUUUAUAAAGAAAUCGUGAGGACAAAAUCAUUGGAUCCGGACUACGAACCGGAAAUACUUCUAGAUGCUACAAAGGAAAAUUAGAAAUUGCAUUUACGUAACGGCUGUAUUGUUUGGAAACCAUAAAAUUCUGUGACAGAAAAAAGUUUGUUCUCAUUUUGUGUUUACGUUUUGCUUAUUGUGGGCUGAAACAGUUUAAUUGAAAUAGUAUUUAUGUAUAUGCGUAGACCAUUGCGUAUAAUCCAAUUACGAAAUAAAAAGCAGUAAAAGGAACUAAGCCAAAAAACAUGAACCAUUGACAGAAUGAAAUGAAAAAAA